AUGUGUGUAUCAGUGAUUCUUUUCAAGUUCAUCUCGGUCGCCCAUGAUAGCUGCAUCACCACAAGCAACACGCAAGGAAUUUGUUACUCGGCCACCGACUGCACAAACUUGCAGGGCACCGCAAGCGGCACCUGCGCGGCAGGACUGGGAGUUUGUUGCACGUUUACGCGCAAUUGCGAAUCGUCAACGAACAUCAACGGAACACUCUUCCAGAAUCCAGAAUACCCUUCAGUGACAACCGCUGCUCUUGCUGCCUGUAGGCUCAAAGUUAGUCCCGUCAACAACAACAUCUGCCAAAUACGUCUGGACUUGACUGACUUCUCCAUCGGCCAGCCCAAUGCAGAGGGGGUUUGCGUCACUGACUUUCUGCAAGUGACCGGAGGAGCGACGAACAUCCCUUUGAUUUGUGGUGAAAAUGCUGGACAGCAUCUGUACCUGGAUGUGAGCCCCGACUUUGGGAGCAUCACGAUCAAUGUUGACACCUCAACGGUCGGAGCCAAGUGGAACAUCUCCGUUACUCAAAUAUCGUGCAACUCCCCCUACCGAGCUCCGUCGGGAUGCCUUCAGUAUUUCACGAGCACAUUUGGGACCAUCAAAAGCUUCAACUACGACGCAAAAACAACCUCAACCACCACCGCCCCCACGGCUACCACUCAACUGGCCAACCAGGAAUACGGCGCUUGCAUCAAGUCACAGACGGGUUUCUGCAGCGUUGUUUACAGCAAAACUUCUGGCGUCAGCGCCGACUACAGCUUCUCCAUGACUGAUGAUCCAGGCUCUUAUGCUCCCGGAACUGUCAUACCCGGAAUGGUGAAGAGCUCAAACUGUUCAACGGAUUACUUGGUAAUCCCGAGCGGUAUUAUAGCCGACACAAACUUAAUAUAUUCUAACAUCACUGCUGCUGAUCGCUACUGCGGGGCCAAUUUCGCUGCCUCCCCAGACACAAUUGCAUCCAAGGUGCAGCCGUUCGUCCUGUACGUGGUCACUGAUGGUACAGAGGUCGGCAUCGACGGCUACAACGUGGGCUUCUCCAUCGACUACAGAAUGCAAGCUUGCUGAUCGCAGAGCGGCAAUUUUUAUUUAAUUUUUAAUGAUGUUAUUUAGCUAUGUUAUUUUAUGUUAAGAUGCUUGUGAUGCGCAAUAAGCUAUCACUUAUAAGCACUGGUUCAUAUCUAAGAUAUUUUAUGAUUGUUGUGAAUAGCGUCCCAAGUGCCCCAAAAUCAGAAGAGACGACAUACGUAAAUAUGACAUCGUUGUUAUUUAUUAAACUAAAUCUAAUGAGAAGAAUAUGAUCUGAAUGUUAUUUGGCAUCGGAUUAUCAUUUACUCUUUUAUGCAUGGCAUUUUGUAAUAUUUUUCUGAAUUUUCCAAGAAUGGUAUUUAAAUUCUUGCUUCAAGAGAGAAAUGAGGUUAAGAGAUGACUCGAUUUUUAAGCCAUACGAAAUAAUUUUAUACGUGCUCAAAAGCCUACACUCAAGAAUUGGUGAAGUUAUAGGAUUAUAAAUCUUAAUAUGCGAGUCCAUAAAGACAACUAGGAAGCAGAACUAUAAAUACAUUCAUGAAAACAAACAGUUUUGAUUAUUUGCACGGAAAAUUUUAAGAUAUACGGCAAUUAUCGACAUUUGUCCUCGUUUUGUUUCAGUUUAUGUUUCAGUACUCGCAUCACUGGAAUAGUUUUAACUUAACGAGCUUCGACCAAUAAACAGAAAACUCUUAUAGUGAGAGCAGUUCAAACUUAUUACACUUACACAUUUCAUCAUACAAUAAAAGUUGUAACUUUCAAUUCACAUAGCAAAAGAAUUUACUUUGAAAUUUGGUUUCUACAAUAAAACAAACAAAUCAGAACAGAAUAAUUUUUCAUAGCCGUGUGAACUGGUUUUGAGAAAAUGCAGGUAGUAUACGAUGCAUUCAGAUUCAGAAGGUUGCCAAUAAAUAUUCAUAUAUACAGCUUUAAAUCAUGCAUUCUAAUAACUAUAUAUAACUAAAUAACCCCAUAGCACUCAGCUUUUGUUUAUGCAUUUUCCUGGUUAGAGAGCAAAUAAUAACAAAAUUUCCGAAAGUUUUUUGCUGUUUGUUCUGAGAAAAUUACCAGCUGUCAGCGAUGUACGAAGGCCACCAGCACAGAACUUCAAGAUAAUAAUCUAUUGAUUAAGGAAAUUAUUGUGAAGGAACACAUGACUUCACAUGGUCUACUUCGUGGUAAACAGGUUCUGUCGUUCAAGGGUCGGCCUUGAGUUAAGAAUUAUAAGGGUCAACCUAUACGAAUUUCGCGGAAAAAUUGUAGAUGAACAAAAUAUUGCAAAAA